AUGACGAUUGGUUACGGAAACAUUGUGCCGGCAACCUCGUCUGGUCGUAUUGCAUGCGUUGUGUUCGCGCUGUUUGGCGCUCCACUAGCCAUCAUCACUAUAGGAGAUUUGGGCAAAUUUCUUUCGGAAUGUACAAUUUGGUUGUACAAAAAAAUGAAGAAAGUUAGGGCUCUAGUACGAGCUCGAUGGCGUCUGUUUCGAGGACUUACUAAAGAAAAUCAGGACGCCGAAUCGCAGUCAUCCAGUGCACAUUCCCUGGACUGGGAAGAUUUGGUGAUGGAUAAAACGGAAGUGCCUGUCUUUAUGGUUUUCACGAUACUACUGCUCUACAUAGCCUUUGGAGGAAUUUUAUUUUCGUUUCUUGAAGGAUGGACGUAUAUGGAUGCCUUCUAUUACUCGUUCAUCUCCUUAACCACCAUAGGAUUUGGCGAUAUUGUCCCUGAGAAUCAUGAUUACAUCGUGUUGAUGCUCGCCUACCUCGGUAUAGGUUUGGCAGUUACCACCAUGUGCAUUGAUCUUGUUGAAGAUACAUUACUUCGGCAGGAAGGUCGAGAUUUAGAAAUCAAUAGGAGAUUCUACGAAAAUCGUUCAAAAAGAAGCAUUUUAGUUCCGAGGUACCGAUCUUCUACAUCUUUCCGAGGAACCGAUCUUCUACAUCUGUUGAAACGAAAGCGAAUGAUUGAACGUCGUUUGGCUAUGGGACAAGGCGAAGAGAUUCUGCAAAUGUAUAUCCAGCAGAUGCAAAAUCAAUUGUGGAUUUGUGAGAAAAAUCUUCUUGCUCUUGAAGUGAUACAUAUCCUAGCGCUUGAUCAGGAUAUCCUCCAUGGAUCAUACCAGAAAUCAAGUCCUACCAAUUGUACUUUUCAGUAG